AUGCUUUUUGCAUUCCAAUGUCUCAGUUUUUCAACUUUAUUUAUACUCAUUGACCGAACCGUUUCUAAUUUGCCAAGCAGUAAUCAGUCACAAGAAUUUACUUUCCCGCGUGAGAUUCCUCUUUUCACCGCGGUGUCUUUUCAUACUCCUCAUGCAACUUUCCUUCGAAUUCGUCAUAUGAAUCGUUCCAUCUGCUCACUGAAUGCGAUGGGAAAUGCAAUAUUCCCGUGUAGAUGUUUUGGAUUUCCAUCCGAUCGCUAUGAACUGCUAAUUGAUAACAUUCCAAUCUUCCGAUUUUCGGUCGUCACAGGGAAAAAGUUCUGGAAGAUCCCGGAAAACCCAAUUAUUUGUCAACCGCUCGUGGUAGAAUUCGAUUUCAGCAUUCUCUGUAGCAGGCUGAACUUGUCGUUGCAUUUACAGUACGCUCCAUCUACUACAGUAAGUGCCACACAAACCGAUGACUUGAAAUUUAAGACUGUGGCUGAGAUGCCGCUGAGAAAAAAACUAAUACUUCCCUGUCAUCACUUAUGUUUUCCUGGAAUCUAUAGAAUUACCGUGGUAAAUGAUAAAUGGAUUGUGCAGGAAAGUAAAGCGAUUAAACUACAGCAAACGAACGAAAUUUCAAUUAACCUACCAAGGUCAUAUAUCUUUCCCCGUUGUUUCGAUUACUUAAAAAUAACCUGGACCAAUUUAUCAUGCCUAGUCCAAGAUUUGGAAUUUAAAAUGCGUGUUUUUGCUGUUCCGGUAGAUUCCACUUCCGAACAGUUAUACUAUAUGGAAGAAUACGAUAUCGAGUUAUCACAGCAAUCAAUCGAGCUGCCAUGUUAUCAGUUCGAUAUUAUUCAUGCGCAAUUUUGCUUUCAAAUUGUAUCAGUGGAAAAUUUACUGCACGCUUCAGUGAAUGGACACGAAAAUGCGUUUACACUGAAAAUUCAGAAUGGAAAAAGGAUUUCUUCUGGGACAAAUACUCAGGCACCAAUAGAAAAUAAUUGCAUCUUAUGA